AUGUCAUCGCCACCAACCGCCGCUGACGCUGCCGUCACCGCCCGGCCUUGGCGGCAGUUCCUUGACCCUGCAACUCUUAGCCUCCCCAUCUCCCUCUCUGAAGCCAGCUUUCGCCUCACCCAAAACCUUCGCUACUUCUAUCCGAACUACGCUCUCCUUUCUCUUCUCGUAUUCCUCCUCUCGCUUCUUACCCAUCCCCUCUCUUUGAUACUUUUUCUCUGCAUUUUUUCGGCAUACAUAUACUUAUUCUUGUCGCGCAGCGAGCCCUUGACUGUCCUCGAUCACACCAUUGACCAGAAAAUCAUACUGGGUUUUCUUCUCUUACUCACUCUGGUUGCUGUUUUAUGGACCAAAGUUUGGUGGAAUAUUUUUAUUUCUUCGAUUAUUGGGGCGGUGAUUGUGUUUCUUCACGCUGUUUUGAGGGCGCCGGAGGAGGUUGAGGAGGAUUCGCCAUAUGGGUCUUUGCUAAAUGUUGUGGAUGAUCCUAGGGGAGACUAUGCUAGGUUUCAUUGGCAUCAAGAAAAUGUGGAAAUUUGUGUGAGAAAAGUGAUAUGCUUAGGAUACAGCUUAGCUCAUCUUUAUAAUCUUUUUAUGACAGAUUUAAUUCAUGAAGAAGAAAAAUUCGGUUUUGAUCAGUUGAGAUGA